AUGGACUCAGCAUUUCGCCAAUUACUCCGCAAUGCGACUCCCGGCUUCAUCUUCAGGCGCACAAUCGACGGACUCGGCGUCUUCUGCGCCGUCACCUUGAUGUGGGAACACUUCUACACGAUUCAGAGAAGCGAGGGUCCUUCGAUGUACCCUACCCUAGAUGUGCGAGGGGACUGGCUACUUAUAUCCCGCCGCCAUGAUCAUGGCAAAGAUAUAAAAGUCGGCGAUAUCGUGCGCUUCUCCCAUCCGUCCUUCUUGGGCGUUAAUGGUGCCAAACGCGUGCUUGGUAUGCCCGGUGACUUUGUGUGCAAGGAUCCGGCUUUUAGUACAGAGGUUGGCGCGGAUAAUGAAAUGAUUCAGGUUCCUGAAGGACAUGUUUUUCUCGCCGGUGACAAUUUACCCUGGUCCAGGGAUUCGCGAAAUUACGGACCCGUGCCUAUGGGAUUAAUCAAUGGCAAGAUAAUCGCUCGAGUAUGGCCUCCGUCGAAAAUGCAAUGGGUCGAGAACACAAUGCAGCCGCGAAGUGGGCAAUGA